AUGUGGCAGCGCGCAGUUCGCAGCUUACGCUUCGUUAGUCGCGUGUACUCUAGCGCCGCAGAUGACGCAUGGAAAUUAACACACGUGAGUCAAGAUCGUGCGUUGCCUCAUAUGGUAAAUGUUGGGUCAAAACCGAUAACGCAGCGCUCAGCUACUGCUUGUACAACGAUCCGCCUCCCUCCUACAGUCUUAACAGAAUUAUUAAAAGGCGGAGGCGAUCAAUUAUUGGGUCCAAAAGGCCCCAUUGCAUCCACUGCCGUGAUUGCAGGUGUCUUAGGUGCAAAGCAAACAAGUUUACUCCUUCCAUUUUGUCAUCCACUUCCGUUAGAAGACUGUCAAGUGACAAUUCAAGUAAUUAAACCCAAUAUCAUUGAAAUUCAGUGUCAGUCACGAUAUUGUCAUUGA